CUCAAACCAGACUUCGAAAAUUAGAACAGUGAAAGUAACUUUUGAAUCCCGAGAAAUGGCGCAGAGAGCCCUAAGAGAUGGGGUGAGAAUCUGCAACCAGUACAUUCCCCCCCAUCAAGUCCAAGAGGAAAUCCACGUGCCAAUGCCGCACUGCGGCAACUGCCUGUCAUACGAUCACCAUCACAAACAAUGUCCCACACAACACCAGAUAAUAUGCAUUAAUUGUAGUGAGGUAGGCCACACUGCCAACAAAUGCAAGAAUCAACCAAAGUGCAAGCAUUGCAAUGGGGACCACCCAGCAUUUGACAGAACAUGCCCAGUGAGAAGGGAAUUAAGGAAGAGGAAGGGAGAACUGUUGAGGGAGAAGGAAAAUGAGAAAGCUAAGAAAAGGAAUCCAGAGUAUAACUCUUAUAGCGAAGCCCUAAAAAAAUCGCUACCAACAAACAACAACAAUCAAAAUCCAAUUGUCAAUAAUAACCCCACAAUACAAAUUCAAAAUCAGGCCAUUAACUUGCAGCUUUAUCACAUUUAUAACGGGCAUAUCUUUGCAGCAUUGCAAGAUAUGGCCCACCCAGGGACGUAUCAGAAAGCAAUAGAUGAGUACUAUACUAUUAACAAUUUACCAAAAGUAAAAAUACCACAGAUGGCUUCAGGAGCCGACAUAAUAAGUAAACUAGCAAUAAUCACACAAACGUCAGCACAAGCGCCGCCACCAAAUAAUCAAGAAACACCACAGCAAACAAACACGGAAGCAACAAAUGUGGCUAUGGAAGAGUCAAUCACGGUACCGAAGAGGGUAGCAGAGGGAAGGGAGAGCGAUGAGGGGGAGGGAGGAAAAACGCCAAAAAAAGCGAAGAAGCACUCGGCAACAAAGCCUAAACUAUCUAACUUGGGCAGGCCUAUGGAGGAAGUGGAAGCAGACAUCGAAGAAAUUGAGAACGGAAUGGUGAGCAUUAUAUUCCCAAAGAAACUGAACAAAGAAAUGCUAACAAACGGAUAUAAAAUUCAAUUGAUAGACAAGUUUAUACAAGGCGAAGUCAACGGAGGAUCAACAAUGGAAGAAGAAACACUAAAAUCUAUACUGCACGCUCUGAUAGCUGAGGAGAGAGUUCCUCUUUCUUCCAUA